GAGCCAAAUCCCCUCACGGUGCUCGUGGGAGCACAGGCUAGUAGUGAGAACGCUCGCCUGUACAGCUUCAAAAACGGACGAGCAGCAGACUGAACCAGACGUCAUGAGCCAGCAACCGCCGUACGGACACCCGCCGCAGGGCGGCUACUACCCGCAAGGCGCGCCGCCGUACAACCAGCAGCAGCAGCAACCAUACGGACAGAAUCCGCAGCAGCCUCCGUACGGCCAGGCGGCACCCCCUCCUCCUCACGCUCCUCCUCCUCAGGGCGGGCAGUAUCCGGGGCAGCCGCCGUACCAGCAACCGCCAUACGGACAGCCGCAGCAGGGCGGCGGCUACUAUCCGCCCGGGCCGCAGCAGCAGUAUCAAGGGCAGCAGCAGCAUCAGCAGCAGCAGCCAUACGGCGCGCCGCCGCCGCCGCAGGGGAAUUAUGCUGCUCAGCAGCCCUACGCUCCGCCGGGAGGGCCUCAGGGUGGUCAAUAUGGACAGCAGCCGCCGUAUCAUCCGGGCCAGGGGCAUCAGCAGGCGUAUCCGCCGGCUGGGUACGGCGCACCGGCGCCGGGACAAGCUCCUCCCCAUCAGCAGCCGUGGCAGCAGCAGCAGCAGCCCGGCCCGCCGCAUCAGCAACAACAACCGUACGGCCAUGUCCAGGUGGCGCCGCCUACUCCCGCGUCCCCGGGCUACGACACGGCGCAGAAACAAUGGGCGCAGCCGGUGCACACGAGCGACGACAUCGAGACGAUCCGCAAGGCGAUGAAGGGCAUGGGCUGCGACGAGAAGGCGCUCAUCAGGGUGCUGACGGACCUCAAGUACGCCAACCCGUGGGCCAUGGAGCAGCUGGUGCGCGACUACAACAGCCGGUUCAUGCGCGACCUCGUCAAGGACAUUGAGAGCGAGACGCGGGGGGACCUGGAGACGGGGCUCAUGGCGCUGGUGCGCGGGCCGCUCGCCAACGACGUCCACGCGCUCGACAAGGCGCUCAACCGGGCGGGCACUGACGAGGAGACGCUCAUGGACGUGCUGCUCUGCCGGUCCAACGCCGACGUGCGCGCCAUCGCGGCCGAGUACCGCCGCGUCAAGGGCCGGGAGCUGCUCACGGUCAUCAGGGACGACGUCGACGACAACCUCUACCGGCUGUACAGCAUGGCGCUGGCGGCGACGCGCGCCGAGGACGCCGCCCCCGUGCUGCCCGCCGACAUCGACCACAAGGUGACGGAGCUGCAGCGCGCGACCGAGGGCAUGAUAGGUGCCAACGCCGCGGCCGUGGCGCAGGUAUUUACGAGCUCGAGCGACGCGCAGCUGCACGCCGUGAGCGACGCGUACCGCCGCAAGUACCACCGCAGCCUCGAGGAGGUCAUCGAGAAGGAGUUCCGCGGCGACAUGGAGGACGCGCUGCUGCGGAUGCUGACGCACGCCGUCGACAGGGCGCGAUGCGAUGCGGCCCGCCUGCACCAGCCGCUCGUCAAGACGGUGCGCAAGGACAGGCUCUUCAUCAACCGCCUCGUUGCGCUGUAUUGGGACCGCCCGCGGCUGGAGGCGGCGCGCGCGGCGUAUCGCAAGGCGUACGGCGCGUCGCCCGGGCGGACCAUCAAGGAUGCGCUGAGCGGGGACCACGAGAAGCUGAUGCUUGCGUUGGUUGGCGAGAAGUGAGGGGUCCAGCCGCCUCCGUGAGGGGCUGCCUCCGUGAGAGGGAGAGGGAGAGAGGGUGCUGUUGUGAGCUUGAUUAAAUCACGACGACAUGUUCCUGUAUGUGCGUGCUGCUGUGAAAGACGUGUGCUGUGGAAGAGGUAUCGACGUCUUGUGUUGGGUUUUGUUUCCAGUCCAGGGGCGGCAAGUGUUUUGAUACAGAUUGAAACGAAACAUCAGGGGAUGUGUUGUUGGUGCUCCUUCCUGAUGGACGUCGUUUGGCAAAGCCUGCUUAUGAGUACCGAAUCGAAACUGGGAUGAACAUGUCAAUUUCAUGUUAUGAUGAUGAUGAUUCCUUAAAGUGUUGUCUAUUGCUGCAACUGUUGCACGGAGGCUUGGAG